AUGCCGACUCAUGCUGAAGUCAUCGCACAAAAUCCACUGGAAGCUCCAGCGGACUUUUGGACCAAUGUUUACUAUGAUGGCAGCCAAGGUGGCCAAUGGUCUUUCGGCAUUUCUGGUAGUAUCUGUCUUGCUGGGAAGCUUUGUUCUGUGCUGCUUGCAGUGCAUUGUGCGCGUGGAGCAGUGGGAAGAGAAAAGGCGGAAUGCCUCGCACUCUGGAAAGGACGAUUGAUGCAUCUCGAAGGAAGUCCAAUCUACGAAAGGAGUGACAACGAAGCCGAUCAAACCGUCCUGAAGCUGGAGCACAUCUGA